CUAAAGCCUCAAAUCUUUCCGAAGGGAAAUGAUUCCAGUAAAGUUUGGUCUCCUGAUGUGUAGUGACGUCAUGACGUGUCAGAAAGAGCGUCGCAGGGCCAGAGUUGGCGCGCCGAGUGAUGGCACGCGCAGAACGCGUGUGCCCAUUACGCGGGUGUCUAUUAUGAUUAUGAUAAUUAGUAAUUUAAUUACAUUUUAUUUUAUUUAAAGCGCUCGAGCAGGACAACCCGCACAGAACAAAGGCAUCUGUUGAUCUGACGUUAAAAGGAAGGAAGGAAGGAAGGAAUGAAGGGAGGGAAAAAAACUGUAAGUUGUGCGUUACGGUCCGUUUCCGUGGUCACAGUUUAGGACACGAUAAUAUUUUGGCCUGAGCGAACGACAUCUGGUGGUCGUGAAACGGCUACGCGAACGGAAGACAGCGACGUUGCGCGUGCGGGAGUGUUUGCUGAGCAGAAGCGUUUGCUUCUACAGUGUUGCGUGCACAUAUAUACAAGGGAGCUUUUGAGCGAGCUCGGGAGGAAGAACUGUUCGGCAUACCGAGCAGCAGCGGCGAAGCUGACACACUCGGGGCCAGUUCGGGUUGCACAGGAGACCGUUUACGGCACUUUUUCUCUGACGAGGAGGAUGCGGUGAGAGAUAUAAGCAGGGCUCGUGCGUGAUGCGAGCGGUGAAAGCGCACGAGGAGUGCGAAAAUCCGGAGUGUGCAUGAGCAUUUCGACUCAGCUGUACAUGGAGAAGGAGUGAGGACGAGGGAAAGAGCUCGACUAACUACGGAACAAGGUUCAUCCAGACCGACCUCCAGCAUGACGCCAAGGAUGUUGUGCUUUCUCCUUUGCUCUGCGGCAUGCGUGAGCGGGCUGCAGGGCACGAGCGCACCGACCGUCCCCGUCAACAGCAUGCUGGAUGCGAGUGGCAAACGGGACUCCACUCAGACCUUGAGCUCCAGGCUGAAGAGAAAGACGCUGUCGGUUGAUUUUGCGGUGCCGUCUCUUUUGCGGCACUACAUGGCGAUGUUCACAAAGCGCCCGCUGAACAGGGACUGCCUGACACACGCCGGAUGCUACACGGUGCGCGCCAACCUGCGGAUGCACUGCGCGCCUUUGCAGAAGACCAUCGCGAGUUUGCUCGGCGCGAAGUUGGCAGAAAACAUACGUGGGGAGGGCGGAAACGGCUCCGGUGGCGGACAACUAAAGUACACGCGCACCCGGCCCGCCCCCAAAGUGCUGAGUUUGGGUUUGAGCACAGCGAGCUCAAACCAGUCGAAGUCCAACCAGGUCGUGGUGGAGGUGGGAGAGGACAUGGUAAAGACCGGAUGUGGCGGGCUGGUUGUGCGCGAGGACGCGCCCGUGCCCUUUUUGGAAAUGGACCUGACGCGCGUGCUGGAGUGGUGGCUCGGGGCCGAAGGAGGCCGGUUGCGCGUGCGACUUAUGCCAGAGCGCAAGGCUCAAGUCCCGGGCAAAGAGGAGAGGUACUCAGCCGCCAUCCGGGCAUCAGACGCACGACUGUCACUACAGAUCGCCUCCAGUGGACCUGUAUCAGCCAAAAAUACUGGAAAUAUUGAUGCUUCACUGCGCUACUGGAACUUCUCCUGGAUAGCAGAGGACGUUCUUGGCUUCCCAGAGGACACAUCAGUGAGUUUGGGUUUGGGGUGUUCGUCAAAGGGAAAAUCAUGCCAUGGAAGGUCUGAAAGCUACCAUCCAGAGUUUGCAUGGAGUCUAACAUCAGCCGAGGAUGUCUGGGCUGAGGAUCAUGGGGUCAUGGACAUUGCAAGAGGAAGUUCUCAGGGCUGGGAGGAAGGUCGCUUUGUGUUAGUGAAUGGCUCGGCUGUGGGUGGACCAUGGGUUCUCAGUCCAUGGCUUCAUUCUAUCUAUCGACCUUGUGGGUUGGAGGUGACUGUCUUUCUGCACCCCAGGCAAAAAGGGCGCUACAAAGUAUGGCUCAUUGAGAGGGACCAACCACCACUGUUUCUUCUGACCACUGAACCUCCCCACAUUACAGGCUGGGCGGUGGUGCACCUCAGCUUGGGAGCUCGGGAAACACCGUUCAGGAUCUCAUCCAGUUACGACCAGCCUGGAGAGCUAGAGACAGCUACCUACAACCCGUUCUUCAUUACCAACUGCACCAUGGAGACCUCUCGAAACGUGACCUUUGAGGGCCGCUACCACUGCAGACAGGGUCAGGAGAUCAGUCUGGAACGCCUGUGUGACUUCACUCCUGAUUGUGCUCAAGGGGACGAUGAAGGAGAGCCAUGCCGUCAGUUUCUUAACGGAAGCUACUGCUCUUUUGAAGAGGACGACUGUGGGUGGCAGAUGGUGUCAAGUAAAAGUUUGUACAAAGGAGUCCAUCUUUCUCUGCCUAAAAGACUUACAAACAGCUGCCCAUCCUCGGGUUCUGUUUUGGCUCUGGAAAGUCAAUCCAAAGGCCAACGGGGGUCAGUAGCUGUGCGGAGUCCACUGUUCCUCUACCCCCUGCGCAACGCCCCAUGCAUGGUACGUUUCCAGGUAUGUGGAAGCCCAAAUGGUCUUCUUUCUCUCUGGAUCAUCGAAAACAGCACAGGACCCGAAAGCCAAAAAAGUCUAUGGAACUCCAGCAGUGAGACCAAACAGGACAAGGGAUGGCAACUCGUCACUUUCCCACUGUUUGGAUUAGUCGACUCGUUCUAUCUCCAGUUCACAGCAGACAUUUCUUCUGGCUCUGAAGUGGCGUUUGCUGUGGAUAACUUCACUCUUACUAUGAACUGUUUCCUUGAAACUAAUGGAGAAUUCCCACCAGUGGUUCCGACAAGUUUUACUCCAAUGCCGUUCAGACCGACUAAUCAUGUGAAGACGACACCAGUAGUGCCUACAAACACCAAGUGGUUAUUCCACACCUGUGGGGCUACAGGGCCAAUUGGUCCUACUCCUUCUCUGUGUAGCAGUUCCUACCGUAAAAGCAAUGUGAAUGUGACCGUGGGGACAAAGGGAGUACUCAAGGGCAUCCAGAUGUGGAGGGUUCCUGAAACUGGAUUAUACAGGAUCACGGCUUAUGGUGCGGCAGGUGGUCGCAGUGUUCUCAACAUGUUCAGAUCACAUGGAGUCUAUAUUGCUGGAGAUUUUAGGCUUCACAAAGAUGAUAUGCUGUACAUCCUGGUGGGACAACAGGGAGAAGACGCCUGUCCUAGAACUGAGGAGCCUCUGCAGAAGAUCUGUCUUGAGCAGAAAGGCCCUCCAGACAGCAAGAGCAUGUUGAAGGGAGGAGGUGGAGGAGGAGGGGGUGCUACCUACAUCUUUAAAGUGGACAAGUCAGUUUAUAUUCCUCUGCUAAUUGCUGCUGGAGGUGGGGGUCGAGGUUACAACGGCCAUUCAGAGAGCUCGAUGGAGCUGAUGGACCAUGGUUUCAGUGUUCCUGGUCUCAAUGGCAUGUCAGGAGCAGCAGGUGGAGGUGGAGGUUGGAAUGAUAGCGCACCUGUGUCUCGGGGUGGGAGACCCCUCAAUUUGGGAGGUCAGGGAGGAGCUCCAUGCCAUACGAUGGGCUGGAAGACUAAUGGCGGCUUCGGAGGAGGUGGAGGAGCUUGCACUAGUGGGGGUGGAGGAGGUGGCUAUAGAGGUGGCAGCACUUCAGUAGACAAUGACCCUGAGCAGGAUGGAGAGGACGGAUCCUCCUUUAUCAGCCCAGAUGGAAAGAUAUUCAUGGAUGCACUUAAAGGCAUGGAGGGCGAUGGUGAGGUGAUCAUCAAACCAGUGCAGAACUGCAGUCACUGCGAGUCAGGAGAGUGCUAUGAGACAUUGGAGGGAACAGAGUGUUACUGCGACAAUGAUCUUGUACUUGCCUCAGACAAUGUCUCCUGUAUCAAUUCUACAGUUCCAGAUACAUCGGUGCCCCUUCAGCCCUCUCUCUCUCACCUGGCAUUGGCGCUCUCUGUAGGAACCUCAGCACUCAUUGCAGCUCUGUUGCUAGCAGUGUCUGGAGUGAUGAUCAUGUACAGGCGCAAGCACACUGAGCUGCAGUCCAUUCAGCUGGAGCUUCAGAGUCCAGACUGCAAGCUGAGUAAGCUGAGAGCAUCAACCAUCAUGACUGAUUACAACCCCAACUACUGCUUCGCUGGAAAGACGGCCUCUGUUAAUGACCUUAAGGAAGUACCACGCCGCAACAUUUCGCUCACAAGGGGUUUGGGGCAUGGAGCCUUUGGAGAGGUCUAUGAGGGUCUGGCUGUGGGAAUACCAGGAGAACCCAGUCCCAUGCAGGUAGCUGUCAAGACACUUCCUGAGGUGUGCUCUGAGCAGGAUGAACUAGACUUUCUGAUGGAAGCACUCAUAAUCAGUAAAUUCAGCCAUCAGAACAUUGUCCGAUGUAUAGGAGUGAGUUUACAGGCUCUUCCUCGAUUCAUUUUGCUGGAGCUGAUGGCUGGAGGAGACCUCAAAACAUUUCUUAGGGAGACUAGACCCAGGCUGGAGCAUCCUUCCAGUCUGACUAUGGUGGACCUUCUGAACAUAGCCAGAGAUAUAGCACGUGGCUGCCAGUACCUAGAAGAGAAUCAGUUCAUUCACAGGGACAUUGCUGCGAGAAACUGCUUACUCACCUGUAAAGGUCCAGGAAGAGUGGCCAAAAUCGGAGACUUCGGCAUGGCCAGAGACAUCUACAGAGCCAGCUACUACAGGAAAGGAGGCCGUGCUAUGCUGCCAGUUAAAUGGAUGCCUCCAGAGGCCUUUAUGGAAGGAAUAUUUACCUCCAAAACUGAUACAUGGUCUUUUGGAGUGCUGCUGUGGGAAAUCUUCUCAAUGGGAUAUAUGCCAUACCCCAGCCGUAGUAAUCAGGAGGUUCUGGAUUUCGUCACUAAUGGAGGCAGGAUGGAUCCUCCAAAAAACUGCCCAGGACCAGUCUAUCGGAUAAUGACGCAGAGCUGGCAACACCAACCUGAAGACAGGCCAAACUUUUCCACUAUCCUCGAGCGGAUUGACUAUUGUUUGCAGGAUCCAGAUGUGGUAAACGUACCUUUACCUGUUGAGUAUGGCCCAAUUCCUGAGGAGGAAGAGCGCGUGCCCAUGCAUCCAGAUGACCCUGCUGCACCCUCUUUACUAGCCGCCCCCCAGGGCAUAGAGGAAACAUCAUCUUCCACCACUGAGACCCGCUCAGAGGAGGCCAAGAGAGCUGCUGAGGCUCUCUUGAUGAAUGCUCGCUCAUCUGACAACAAACCUGUACCCGGUACUGCCUCCCAGCUCCACUCCCAUCCGCCAGUGUCCUCGGCAUCUGCGCUGCUGGCCUGCAGCAAGUCCGCCUCUGUUGUCCCUGCUCCCCAGGAUGGAGGCCAUGUCAACCUGGGUUUUGCUCAGGCUCCUACAGGUGAGAAGGAGAACCGUAAUGGGAAGCCCACCAACUUGUGGAAUCCUACAUAUGGUUCAUGGUUUCUCCAGCAACAACAAAAGAGGCAGCAGGCCCAGGCACAGAGGCAGGCAGGAAAUCAAGGCCAUGAGCUCUCUGGCAGGACUGGGAGUAUCGCUGAUGCUCUGGGCCUGCAGCACCAGCACAAGCAACAGCAGAUGCAGAUCCAGCAGCAACAAAAGAUACAGAUCCAGCAGCAGCAACAGCAGAAACUUCAACAGCAGCAACAACAGAUCCAGCAGCAGCAAAAAAUACAGCAACAACAACAAAUUCAGAUCCAGCAACAGCAACAGGGGAAGUGCAGGCCUCUCUUGCCCCCUCCUCCCCAACCUGCCCCAGCCCCUCUGUUGCUGGAUUCAGCAGCCCUGCCCCCUGUACCACUCUACAGACUGCGCCGCUUCCCUUGCGGCAACAUUGGGUAUGGCUACCAGGAGCAGGGUCUGCCUUUGGAAUCAAUGUCUGGACCCCAGAAUGCCGUGCCACCUCCUGCCCUCGCCAACCAGCAGAGACCCAACUCACUAGGCUGGACUGGCACCGCUGAGGACAGCCGUCCCCUGCUGGUGACAAUGGGAACAGUUCAGGACUCCAGACUCCCUAAGAUGGAUGGGCACAAUGCCACAGUGCUUUAACCCUCCAUCUUCUCCUCACUCCUAGACUCUUUUAUUCAGUGCCCGCUUGAAACACUGUGCCAUCCGUCUGUGCCCACCUCAGCUCACGACCACCAGGCAUCCCCCUCCCCUCACCAUGCUUCUGAGCAAGACCAACAUUUGCUUGUCACUACCAGCAACAUCUGGGAUGAGACUGACUGUUUUAAUAUAUUAAUCUUUAUGAAUUCAUUAGAUGGAGAGAGAACUGGGAGUUUUGUAGAGGUUAAAGGUUUAGAGAUUGUGCUGGAGUCGCUCAUAAGAACUUUACCUGCAAAAUGCCCUUACAUCAUUUAUCACAUUCACAGGGAAAAACAAGUUUGUUGAUGUUUGCUUGCCUGCUUGUUUAUUUAUUCAUUUGUUAAUUUAUUAUUUGGAAGCUGUGUAAAUUAUUAAUGGGUGUGCUUCAUAAGGCAAACCGCUCCACUCAUUUAUGCAUCAUUUUGUUCACUCUUGAAUUUGGUUAGCUUUUAAACUACAGCAGUUUUCAUCUGCCUUGAAAUUUAAUGAAAUAAAUAAAUUGUUAAUGGUUUCUGUUUAGCAGAUUGGUUGAUGUUAAAGGCGCCUGGCAUAUAUUAGCAGGAAGGUAAUCGGUUGCCUUGGUAUUUGAAAAGGGAUUAAGUGGUCAGGGAAAAUGUCAUGUCUGUGAAUAAUUUUACUGUUGUAUGAACACUACGAGGAUUUGUGCGACUCUUGUGAAAGAGGUGUAAAUUUGUGUAUUUAACUCAAAGAGGAAUUGAGGUACUGAUCUCUCUCAUUCCAUCUAUUUUCAGUUAACCUGUGGCUUCUGAAAGAAGCUUUUGUGUAUAUAAGCGCUGUAUCCAUCUUUGCAGAAAAUUUAAUUAUUGCUCUUUGGUCUCUUUGUUUCAGUUCAAUUGAAUUCAAUAAAUGGUUAAUUUUAAAAAUA